AUAGAGCGCACAACAUGUUUUCAAAGAACAUAAAAACGUUUACAUUUCUCUUUAGUUCAAGCACAAAGUCAGCGCGCUGUUGCGAGCGGGACUUUAUUAGAAAAAUGUCUCUUUCACCGAAUAAAGACGAACGACCAAAAAUCACACCACUGAAAGAAUCCCGUCGUUUUAUGAUCGACUGUUUGAAAGCCGUCGGUGCUCAACAAAAACACGCCGAAAUCGUAGCCGAUAAUCUACUAGAAGCCGAUCACAGAGGGCACUACAGUCACGGAAUGAACAGACUGGAAAACUACAUAAACGACGUCGAAAAGGGCUUUUCCGUCGCCAACGCCACACCAACAAUCGAGAAAGAGACCACAGCUACAGCUGUAGUUAACGCAAACAACGGAUUCGGCGCUGUAAGCGGACAAUUCUGCAUGGACUUGGCCAUAAAGAAGGCAGAAGAAGCCGGAAUCGGUAUCGUUACAUCUCACAACGCAAACCAUUAUGGUAUCGCUGGAAUUUACUGCCUGCAAGCAUUGAAGAAAGGUUUGAUAGGGUUCUCGUGCACUAAUACUUCACCAUUGAUGGUUCCAACUAGAGCAAAGAAAGCAGCAUUAGGAACCAAUCCAAUCGCCUUAGGUGUACCAGGGCUACAAGGCGAUGAUUUUCUAUUAGAUUUCGCCACUACCGCAGUCGCAGUGGGCAAAAUAGAAAUCCAACAAAGAAAACACCAGCCAAUCCCCGAAGGUUGGGCUUUAAACGAAAACGGGCGAGUUGAAACCGAUUCCACCAAAGCAUUCGCAGCUUCACGCCUAUUACCUCUAGGCGGCGUUGAAAAAACCUCUGGUUAUAAAGGUUACGGUUUGGGAAUGCUCGUCGAGAUAUUCUGCGGGAUUUUAUCGGGUUCCAGUUACGGCCCGAACAUUCGCAGCUGGACGAAUCCCAACGCCAAAGCGAAUUUGGGACACUGCUUCAUGGCUUUGGAUCCCAAAGCGUUCGCGGAGGGAGUGGAAGAGAGGAUGAGCGAUUUGAUGAAUACUAUUCGAAACAUGGAACCUGUCGAUCCGAGUUUACCUGUGUUAGUGCACGGUGAUGCCGAGCGAAACCACAUGGAGAAGGUGCAAAAACUAGGAGGAUUGAGCUAUGUGUACAAUCAACACGAAACCAACAAGCGUUUGGCUGAAAGAUUGAACGUUGCUCCCAUGCAAAGCAUUUAA